UCGCUCGGCGCCAGGAGAGAGGGAACUCGGGAGGCACUUGGAUGCUCCCGGGCUGGCGAGUUCGUGUCUCUGCCUGCGCGCUUUCCUGAGCGGCUUUGGAGGUCGCGGGCGGACGCCGCUUUGCCACCCGCUGGGCAAAAGGGAGGCAACGGGAGGCGCUUCACCUGCCAGGCAGGCAGGCAAGCAAACAGCAGGCGGGAGAGGGAAGCGGGUGAGGCUGAGCGAAGCGAAGGGUGCGGGAACUUUGUUCCUCCGGUUGACGCGGGGCUUCGCCGGGCUGCCGGCUUGCUUCACUUUCCCCCUCCACGAGGAGGCGGACGCUGCCGGAACGCAGCCUUGCCCGGGAGCCAACAGAGGCUGGGCUGGACGGAACGCAGCCUUGCCCGAUCCUCCCUUCUGCAGCAGCUUCCCUUCAUCCGACGCAGGCGAUACUGCGGGCGCCUGCCUUGACUCUCGCCCUGUUUUAAUCCAGGAGGCGCUUGGGCUUCCAGCAGCCGUUUGCCCGCCCGUCCUUUCUCGGUGGUGGAGCCUUGGCGAGAUGGUGCCGGCCCCGGGAUUAGUCUGAAGCCCACCUUGGCAGGCAAAGCCGGCGCGGUGGGCAAAGUCCCAGGAAAGGUCUCUGUGUUGGACGGCAACGGACGCCGGAGUCUGUCGCCUCUCUCCUCAAGAGAAUGACCACCCCAAGCAGAUUCAAAAAGGACAAAGAGAUUGUAGCCGAGUAUGAAAGUCAAGUGAAAGAGAUUCGAGCACAGCUGAUAGACCAACAGAAAUGUCUGGAGCAGACGACUGAGAUGAGGGUGCAGCUUCUUCAAGACCUGCAGGAUUUCUUCCGUAAAAAAGCUGAAAUAGAGACUGAAUAUUCUCGCAAUCUAGAAAAAUUGGCGGAAAGGUUCAUGGCAAAAACAAGAAGUACCAAGGACCAUCAGCAAUACAAGAAGGACCAGAAUCUGCUGUCACCAGUAAAUUGUUGGUAUUUACUGCUCAACCAAGUGAGACGGGAAAGUAAAGACCAUGCAACUUUGAGUGAUAUCUACCUGAAUAAUGUCAUCAUGCGUUUUAUGCAAAUAAGUGAAGAUUCCACCAGGAUGUUCAAGAAGAGCAAAGAAAUCGCUUUCCAGCUUCAUGAUGAUUUAAUGAGGGUUCUUAAUGAGCUAUAUACAGUCAUGAAAACAUACCACAUGUAUCAUACAGAGAGCAUCAGUGCAGAAAGUAAACUAAAGGAGGCUGAGAAGCAAGAAGAAAAACAAACCGGAAGGUCAGGAGAUCCUGUUUUCCAUAUUCGGCUUGAGGAAAGACAUCAAAGGCGGAGUUCUGUGAAAAAAACUGGAAAAAUGAGGGAAAAACGUCAAGCAAAAUAUUAUGAAAACAAGCUGAAAUCUAUUAAAGCCAGGAAUGAGUAUCUACUAACUCUUGAAGCAACAAAUGCUUCUGUAUUCAAGUAUUAUAUUCAUGACCUUUCAGAUUUAAUUGAUUGUUGUGAUCUUGGAUAUCAUGCAAGCUUGAACAGAGUCUUAAGAACAUACCUCUCUGCAGAAUAUAACCUUGAAACCUCUCGACAUGAGGGUCUGGACAUCAUUGAGAAUGCUGUUGACAAUUUGGAGCCACGAAGUGACAAGCAGAGAUUUAUGGAGAUGUAUCCUACAGCUUUUUGCCCUCCAAUGAGAUUUGAGUUCCAGCCCCAUAUGGGUGAUGAGGUUAAUCAGGUCAAUGUCCAGCAGCCAGUACAAGGGGAACUCAUGCUUAGGUAUCAACAGUUACAGUCACGACUGGCCACACUGAAAAUUGAAAACGAGGAGGUUAAGAAGACAACUGAAGCUACUUUACAGACUAUACAGGAUAUGGUUACCAUUGAGGACUAUGAUGUUUCUGAAUGCUUUCAGCAUAGUCGCUCAACUGAGUCUGUGAAGUCAACAGUUUCCGAGACUUAUUUGAGCAAGCCUAGCAUCGCAAAGAGAAGAGCUAACCAGCAGGAGACUGAGCAGUUCUAUUUCAUGAAGUUUAGAGAGUACCUGGAGGGAAGCAAUCUCAUCACGAAGCUUCAAGCAAAACAUGAUUUACUGCAGCGAACGCUUGGAGAAGGUCACAGAGCAGAAUACAUGACCACAAGCCGAGGACGAAGGAACUCCCACACAAGACAUCAGGAUUCUGGAAAAGUAAUUCCUCUCAUAGUAGAAAGCUGUAUUCGGUUUAUCAAUCUGUAUGGUCUUCAGCAUCAGGGCAUUUUCAGAGUAUCUGGCUCCCAGGUGGAAGUCAAUGAUAUUAAAAAUUCAUUUGAGAGAGGUGAAAAUCCUUUGGCAGAUGACCAAAGUAACCAUGACAUUAACUCAGUUGCUGGAGUACUGAAGUUGUAUUUCCGGGGACUGGAGAACCCUGUCUUUCCUAAGGAAAGAUUUAAUGAUCUUAUUUCUUGCAUCCGAAUAGAAAAUCUCUAUGAGAGGGCUCUUCACAUACGUAAACUUCUCCUCACUUUGCCCAGAUCUGUCCUUAUAGUGCUGAGGUAUCUCUUUGCCUUCCUGAAUCACCUUUCACAGUACAGUGAUGAAAAUAUGAUGGAUCCUUACAACCUGGCGAUUUGUUUUGGCCCAACGUUGAUGCCUGUUCCAGACAUACAAGAACAGGUGUCAUGUCAAGCUCACGUGAAUGAAAUAAUCAAAACAAUCAUCAUUCAUCAUGAGACCAUUUUUCCAGAUGCUAAAGAGCUUGAUGGCCCAGUUUAUGAAAAAUGUAUGGCAGGAGAUAACUACUGUGAUAGUCCGUAUAGUGAACAUGGUACCUUAGAAGAAGUGGACCUGGAUGGCAGUACAGAGCCACACACCAGUGAGGAUGAAUGUGAACCAAUAGAAGCUAUUGCCAAGUUUGAUUACUUAGGAAGAUCUGUACGAGAACUCUCCUUCAAAAAAGGAGCCUCCCUACUUUUAUAUCAUCGAGCUUCCGAUGACUGGUGGGAAGGAAGACAUAAUGGGAUUGAUGGCCUUGUACCUCACCAAUACAUAGUGGUUCAGGAUAUGGAUGAUACGUUCUCAGAUACACUGAGUCAAAAAGGAGAUAGUGAAGCCAGCAGUGGGCCUGCCACAGAGGACAAGUCUUCAUCUAAAGAUAUGAAUUCGCCAACUGAUCGUCAUUCUGAUAUCUACCUAGGAAGGCAACGCAAGAAAUCUGAACUCCCUUUUCCUGGGAGACGUCCUGGCAGGACCACUGAUGGGCACUGUCCAGUUCAUCCACCACACAGCCUUGCUAAUUCAUUGCUGGAGUUAGGUUCUCCCAGUAUGGCAAGCCACAGCACUUCCCGAGCUGUCAUUCAAAACCACAGCCUCAAUACAGACAGCCCAGAGAGGAGGCGAAGGCCUGGCCAUGGCAGUCUGACCAACAUUAGUAGGCAUGAGUCACUGAAGAAAAUCGACAGCCCUCCAAUUAGGAGAUCGACGUCAUCUGGCCAAUACCCAGUUUUCAAUGACCACAAACCACUGGACCCAGAGUCAAUUGCUCAGGAUAUUGAAGAAACAAUGAACACGGCUUUGAAUGAACUCCGAGAACUGGAGCGUCAGAGUUCUGCAAAACAUGCACCAGAUGUAGUGCUAGAUACCUUGGAACAAAUGAAAAAUUUCCCUUCGAGCACCACCUCAACAGAAUCAUUGAGCCCAGUUCACAAUGUCAUGUUAAGAAGCACUGAGUCUCAUAUUCGACGUAGCACUAGCUCUUCUAGUGACACCAUGAGUACAUUCAAGCCCAUGGUGGCACCCAGAAUGGGAGUCCAGCUGAAGCCACCUGCGCUUAGGCCAAAACCCAUAGUUCUUCCAAAAACAAACCCAAGCAUAGGCCCUUCCUCUCCAUCCCAUGGCCCAGCAGACAAGUCCUGCACCAUGUAAAGAUGAAACAGCUCACAUAGCAAGCAUGGAGUGACCCACCAAGAGGAUGGAUUGCUUGAAGCUGUCUUGUGGUUCCAUAACACUUCUGGUUUAUGUUUGUAAUGGGGAAAAGUGUUUUGUUUUUAAUGUAGCAUCUCAACAUUAACAUGGACAUUUAACAUGGGUCCAGUUUUAAACUGGACAGUUCCAGCUGUCAUUUUAAAACUUUUACUUGAACUUCUCAUUGUCUAAUGAAGACACCACAGGUCACAGCCAGCAUCCCACAUAGUACAAUAAUUUACUACUAUAGUUUUUAGACUUCUUAAAGGAAUCUUGAUAAAUGGUUACUUGAACGAGAUUCAUUAAUGGAUUAGUAUACUUUUGUGUUACUGUUUCUGACAUGAAGAAGAAGGCUGGCACCUGGGAACUGUUGAGUAACCUAUAGGAAGUGACUAGAGGACAUGGAAUCAUUAUUAUGCUUCCUUUUAAAUAGUGGGUGAGGAUGUUGACAGUGUUCAUAGCCCCAGGCUGAAUAAGAGGGAAUUUUAGAAUUUGCAUCUGACACUGAUCUAGAUAACUGUUGUAGAUCAGUUAAAGAUUAUUGCUAGAAUUUCUAAUGGUUACACAUAGUUUUUUGCAAUACUGCUAGAUUUUUCAGUCACCAAUAUGUCUCAAACAAUUCACUGCAAAACUUGUUUACAAUCCUGAACCAACUGUUUCUGCAAAUAGAAAGCUGUAGCUGAACCAUUAUUUUUAACAGCACAUUCCUUGGACUAAUUGCUUUUCAGACUUGGGAUGAAAAUGUUUCAGAUUGUGAUGCCCAUAGUUUGAAAUUGCUAGAUUCUACAUUGCAAAAAUGUGUUUCUGGAGUUUGUUUACUAAAAUGAAUUUAUUUCUAAACUGGAAUAAUUAUUUCUGUUAAAGCAAGAGGUUGUUCAUAGGCCGAGCUGUUGUUUUCUACUUUACAAUCUGAAUAAAAGCUACUGUACCUCUUUUCUUUUUCCAAAAGAUGUCAGUACCUUUCUUCAUCUGUGUGUUAUAUACAAAGGAAAGCAUUCAAGUUGCAUAGAGUUUCACAGUAAGAAUCUUCAGUGUCAUUAUAUGUGAAUUUACUUUACCACUAUUUUGCAAAGAUUAACACUAAGCCAUAUCAUUGAUGUGAAUGUUUUUAUAAGGUCACCUUCAUUCAACAGAAGAAUGUAUUAUAUAUUACUAUCAGCCACUUAAUGGAUAUCAUAUGAAUAUUACAUUUUGAGUGUAAACACUUCGAAAAAGUAGGGGUGGAGAGAUUCAACUGACAUCUAUAUAUGCACUCUGAACAGAAUAUAAAUAAGGAAUUUCCUUUUUCAUAGCAUGUGUCACAUGAGGAGACUUGCUGUUCUUCUAACUGAAUGUAUUCAUUUGGUUCCUUCAUAUAAAUUGAGGUCUAGUGACCAGAUUGAUUAGUAUGUAACGUUCCAAAAGCAUUGGAGCCUAAUGUUAUUAUUUGGGACUGAUUUACAGCCCAAUGCAACGGAUGGGAUGGUAGAACUGCCCCUCCAAUGGAGUUUCAGGUGGCACAGGAGGGAGGGAAAAGUUUCUUAAAACUUGGCUGCCUGAAAAAUCCCAUUGGCAACACUGAUGCAUGCUACAAUUUUUGGUGGCAUAAGUCAGCUGUCAGCAUUGUGAGUGUUCCUGAGCUAAAGGUCCUUUGGAAGCCACUAAAGUCGGCUCAACCCCUGGAAUUCCCCCAGCCCCCAUGCUGGCGGAGGCAGUUGUAGUGGAUGCCCACUGGCGCAAGUCCAAACUACCAGGUUUGGGUGCUGCAGCCGUCAGCUGCUGAGGUAAGUCCUUCUGUGCCAGUGUCCAUGAUACUUUGCACAGCACUGGUGGCAUGGGUGCUGACACAACUCUCCACUGCUUCCACUGCAGUUUUGCUCCCCAUCCCCCUUUGGAUUGCACAGUUUCUCCUAUUGCUGUUUAUAGGUAGGCCAAUGGAAAGGCUAAAAUCCUGUGAAACCUGGUGUGGCAAAGUCAUUUAAGCCAGUGUUGAUGCAGCAUCUAAAUAUUGACUAGGGCCAGGGAAACUUUGGAGUUCACAUCCCCACUGUUGACAUAAACUAUUUGAUGAUGUUGGAUCAGCUAUUAUUUCUUAGCGUAAUCUUUCUCACAAGAUUGUUGUAAGUUAAUAAAUAUUAUUCUGUAAAAGAAUUUCACAAAAGGUGCAUUCUCAUAAAAAUGUGUACUAGUUUGCAUAGCCAUGCUUCUUUGUAGUCUUCCCUGGCUAGUCUCCAGGAGGCAGUUCUUACUUGUAUCAUAUACGUAGGUGAGUGGUUGUUGGAAUUUCAAACUAAAUCUACUGGGUGGUAUUAAAAAGAUUCCAUUUGGCAACCAAAUGAAAUUAUUUACAUCUAAACAGAAACUUCCAACUCAAUUGGUUUGUCUGCUGCAGGAAAAAUCUUGUGUUCACCAAAGUGUAAAGAAACUUUGUCACAUUUCUCUUAACUGCACCUUGGAGAUUUAACCAAGGUCCAUGCUCUAUCAUGAGAUAUUUUUUUUAUAACAGUAAGCAUUCUGAGCAUUGCAUUCACUCAUAGAAAGCUAGGAAUUAUUUUUCCAAAUUAAUGCAAACAAAUGAGUGAUGGAAAAAAAGCCUUGUCAGAUUUCAUUCUAGCCUAGUAGUAUAUUGUGCAGCAUAAAGGAGAUGGGUACCCAUGUCUUGAAAUUGCAUAAGGAAUUUUGUACAACUGAAUAAUCCUACUGGCCUCCAUAUUGCUUAUGUUAGAAAUUGUUUAGUGAAGAAAACAUUAGAAACAGUGAAUGCUUCCCACUUAGAGCAUUUGCCAGAGUUAAAAAUGUGUAGUUUGAUGGUUUUAUUAUAGCAAUUUCAAGUAUAGUGAAUGGAUAUGUAAUGGGAAAGACUGAUACAGCUACAGGUUUAGUAAAGGGGAAAUGCCUGUGCACCUAAUUGAAUCAGUAUUGUCCUUGACUGUCAGUUUGAUAGAUUGCAGUGCUGGUAGCUUCCUGCUUGUUGACUGUUUACCUAAUUGUGUCAAUGUACAUCUGUAGUAUGUACAUGUGAAAGUGCCUUUACAUUUUUAGAGGAGCUUUAGCCUUUCUUUUGUACUGUUGCAUUCCCAUUUCAUUUUCUGCUGCUUUCCUAAUGGCUGCAAUCUCAUUGCAUUCCUUCCCAUUCUCGAAGAACAGGAAGAUUAAUAUUGCACAGUCCACAAGGGAGAGCAAAUGUACUGUUAAGCUGUUGUGACAAUGCACUUUUAUAUAUAGUACUGUACAUUUUGGGCAUGUACCAUUACAGGCUUCAAUAUACAUUCAGAUUUGUUUCUCAUAGUGUAACUUUAUAAUAAAAAACAAUAGUUCUGUC